AUGGCCCUGUGCCUGCCUCGCACGUUGGGAGAACUCCAACUGUACCGCGUCCUGCAGCGAGCCAACCUCCUCUCCUACUAUGAGACCUUCAUCCAGCAGGGCGGCGACGACGUGCAGCAGCUGUGCGAGGCCGGCGAAGAGGAGUUCCUGGAGAUCAUGGCCUUGGUCGGCAUGGCCACCAAGCCCCUACACGUCCGGCGCCUCCAGAAGGCCUUGCGGGAGUGGGCGACCAACCCGGGGCUCUUCAAUCAGCCGGUGCCCUCCAUCCCCGUGAGCAGCAUACCCCUCUUCAAGAUCUCCGAGUCUGGGGGGCGCAAAUCGCUCACCAACGGGCACGCCAGCCCAGGAGAGACCCUCGCCAAGGCCAGCGGCACCUCCCCUGCCAAGAGCCCCUCGGAGCCGAGAGACAAGCUCUCUCCUUUGCCAGCCAUUCAGUGGGGCACCCCCGAGUCGGAGGAGGAAGGCGGGGGGUCCUCGCCCGUCGGGCACCCUUUGGCCGCGGAGCAUCUGGACCCGGAGCUGGUCCAGGCCGUGUCGGAGAGCGCAGAGCGGCUUUUGCGCAGCUGCCCUCGCGGGGGCGACACCGAGCUGAGAGCCCUCAUGAAGAUGAACAAGAAGCUGGCCAAAGCGGUGGGGCACAUCUUCCGGAUGGACAGUGGGGACCCCCGCAAGGAGGAAGAGAUCCGGCGCCACAGCGCCAUCUAUGGGCGAGGGGAAGCCCGGCGAUGCGAGAGCAAGCAGCUCACGUUGCAUGAGCUGACCAUCAACGAAGCUGCGGCCCAGUUUUGCCUGCGGGACCCUUCCCUGCUGCUCCGUCGCGUGGAGCUCUUUUCGCUGUCGCGCCAGGUGGCUCGGGAGAGCAGCUACCUAACCUCGCUGAAGGGAUCCAGGCUGCAUCCAGAUGAUGGUGGUGUUGGGCAAGCCAAGAGACUCAAGCAGGAGGUUGCAGAGCACAGCCGGCCGGAUCUUCCCUUGGUCUGUGAACCAUUCCUUCCUCAGUACCGGUCCAGCAUAGAGGAAGACACAGCCAGCUUGUCAGGGGAAAGCUUAGAUGGACACCCACAAGCCACGGGCUCCUGUCCUCGGCUCACGCCGCCCCCCAAUGCGGCCUCUGAUGCGCUGUUGAGCCUCCCGCCCCACGGGCUAUGGAGCCGCCACAUCCUGCAGCAGACGCUGAUGGACGAAGGCCUGCGAUUGGCUCGGCUGGUGUCUCAUGAGCGGGUGGGACGGCUCAGCCCAUGCCUGCCAGGCAAGCCCCAGGGUCCAGAGUUUGGGGAAAACCUCUCCGAGCGGUGCCAGGCCCCGACAGCGCCGCUCGAGGCCAGAAGGAACAGCAUCAAAGUCGAACCGGAGACCAGCCGGCAAUAAGUGGCAGGUGACUCGGUGCCCGGUCACCAAGCAAUAAUGUGCCAACCAGCUC